AAGAUGGAUGUUGUGAAUCAGUUGGUGGCCCAAGGGCAGUUCACGGUACUCAAACAACCGCUGGGAUUCAUCAAAGUUCUACAAUGGAUCUUUGCAAUCUUCGCCUUCUCGACAUGCGGCAGUUACUCUGGCAUGUUCAAGAUGAGAGUGGAGUGUAAAAACCGGACGGAGAGUAACCUAGGCAUAGAAGUAGAAUUUGAAUAUCCGUUCAGGCUCCAUCAGGUUUACUUUGAUGCCACCACCUGUAAGGGAGGGAAGCCAGACCGUUCAUUCCUGAUCGGGGACUACUCCUCCUCAGCUGAGUUCUUCGUCACCAUCGCUGUCUUUUCCUUCCUCUACUCUAUGGCAGCCCUCUCUGUAUACUGUUUCAUACUGGAGAAGUACCGUGAAAACUGCAAGGGGGCCCAGAUUGACUUUGUUGUGUCUGCGGUAUUUGCCUUCAUGUGGCUGGUGUCCUCAUGUGCUUGGGCUAAAGGCCUGUCAGAUGUGAAAACAGCCACCGAUCCAGAGAGGGUCAUCACUUUCAUCCCAGCCUGUGAAGACCCAGAGAACAGCUGCAGUGAAGUCUACGACGCCAAGGUCUCCGGCCUCAACACCUCUGUGGCGUUUGGUUUCAUCAACCUGAUCCUGUGGAUCGGAAACCUGUGGUUUGUGUUCAAGGAGACCGGCUGGAUGGCCGCCCUCUCUGGAACAUACGUCCCGUCACAGGAGAAGCAGCCCGCUCCCGAUACCUUUGCCCAGGGAGGCUACGCUCAGCAGGACCCCUACGCCGGCUCCCAGGGAGGGUACCAGCCCGAAUACGGGCAGCAGGGAGGCUACAAUGAGGAAGGAGGAUACAGCCAGGGCUAUGAGCAGCAGCCCACCUCCUACACUAAUCAGAUGUGA